AUGGCUACGUUGCCUCCCGUGUCCCCUUUCCCGAGGGCCUGUCGCGGGCAACCUCGUCUCUGUUUUGUUGAGGUGUACCAUGAGCGCCAGAGUCUGCUGCAAUGCGCUCGGCAUACGAUCAACAAUCUGUUGCAGGGGCCUGUUUACUCUUCUGACGACUUUACACAGCUGGCGUGGGCUCUCGAUCGCGGCCAGUUUUUUCCGGAUGAGAAGCCCCGCUUGGAAGCUGCAUCUCGAAGUCGAACCCCAGAAGGUGCGCCGGGGGCGUCACCCGCGUCCUGCGAGCCUUCCGCACCGCAAGAGAAAGGAGACGACUCAUGUUGCAGCUGUGGUUUGGGUUCGCCGUCUACGUCGUCUGCACACACGGAAACAGCAGCCGGACGUAAGGCAGACCCUGAUAAAAAACGUUUUUCAGGUAGUCGGCGAUCGUCAGGUUCGCCCUCUUCGGCUUUGUGCGUCGCGUGCGCUUCGCAACUUGAUACUUCAUUGGCAAACGCCGCCGCGACGCCUACAGCUCCCUGCCGCCUCGCCACGCAGCCCCUUUCCUCGUCCUCUGCUGCGGGGGAAACGAGGACUGGAUGGUUUUCGGCUCUACUUCCGACGAGCUAUAGUGCACCGUUUGGCUUGGGAAACUACGACUUGUCUCUCCUUCAAGUUCUCCUGGCACGCCACGGUCUAGAGCUGAGGUUUCGGAGGGAAAACGCUGUUGAUACAGGUGCAGUGGAGAGCAACGGUGCGGUGGAGAGCAGCGGAGACGACGGCUGUGGCAGUUUGGCAGGCCAAUCGAAGACGGACGAGAAAGACGGUCUGGCUUGCACAGGUAUCGUCACUUUAGACCAGCUCAGAGAUCCCGGGUUGGUCGGCUUCAUCCUCAAUGUGGAACUGCCGAAAACUGGUUGGAAGCGGCUUCUACCGAAAGGUCUAAGUCGGCAUUUUUACGCCAUCAGACGGGUACGCUGCACAUAUGGCUCAGCACCCUCUCUUGAUGAGAAAGGUGAAACUUCCCAAGCUGGGGGAAGAACCGUAGAGAAAGAAAAAUGGGGGACUAGGUGUGUGCUCGUUUUCAAUGCUCCCCCGGAGCCCUGUGCGAAGCGACAUGCCACAGACAGCAGUAGAGAUGCGCAAGUCACAUCGACUGCGCAGAGUGGCUGCCCUCGUCAAAACAGUUCAUCUGAGCACUCGGGAGCUUUUAGAGAGGAGUGUGCCAUGGUCUCGAGGGGUGACGUCGAUAGUGGGGUCCAGCUUCCCAACACGCAUUCUGGCCUCUCGGAAGUGAGGCCAGAGGCAACGGUUGGUCAGUGCUGGGUAAAUUUAGACUCUAAACAAGAGACCCCGCUCGUAUUCAUGGACGACAGUGCCCUGGUGGCUUACCUGAACAGGAAACUCAGGAGCAAGCAUGACGCGAAAAGGGGCGAAGGCUCAGGAACGGAGGCACUUGCGUCGUCAGAGGCUGAAGACACCAGCAGUGAGUUUCCGGAGAAGAGCAGUCCGGGGCUGGCAGUGCCUGCAAGAGCUUCUGGUCCGCAGAAAGCAGUCGACCACGAUAUGCCUCAAGCGGCAGCAGAAGGAAACGGAAGCGAGACAGGAAUAACCGCAGGCUGGACUCAAAAACAGUCGAGUGAGCCUUCUAGUUUAACCCGCAGUUCACACUGCCGAAGUCAGACGGAGGCCGGCACAGCGCACCUGUAUAUGCCUCGAGGAACGGGUACUCAAGACGCCUCUAAUCCGGAAAACUAUGCUAAAGAUGACGGGUAUUCGGACGCAGUCUUAAUUGAAGUUCUGGCGAGCUGUGGCAACUCUUGA